UUUUUAGUCGCUACUACUCUUUUGAAAGCGGGAAUCGUAAAAUUUUACGACAUUAUUUGUUUUUAUUUAUUUUAUUACCACCGCGUUAAAUAAUUAAAUUGAAAGUAUGUCUGUUUCAUUGGUUGAUUUUUCUUUCUUUUUAUACGCCCGUGUUUUGAGGUUUUUCAUCGUUUUACGAACUUAAUGAACGGGUACGUACUCUUUCCAGGAAUGAAGCCUAUUUAUGAAUCAUUUUUUCGAAAAGAAAAAGUUCCAUUGAUCACAAUAAUCUGAGAUGCGGAAUUCUGGAAUAAUCACUACUAAUGAUACACUCACAACCACCACCCACCAUAGCAGUUCAACUGAAAAUUUAUGGGGACCAAAGAGAAAUUCAUUAGUGGUUGUUUUACCAAUAAGUGUCACUUAUUUGGUAAUAUUCGUGUUGGGAUUUUUCGGAAACGUCGUUACUUGCAUUGUAGUAAUCCGUAACAAAUAUAUGCACACUGUGACCAAUUACUAUCUAUUGAGUUUAGCCGUUUCUGAUUUAUUACUUCUGAUUACUGGAUUACCAUCGGAAAUGUAUCAAAUAUGGUACAGAUACCCAUACAUUUUCGGAGAAAUGUUUUGCAUUUUGCAAGGCUUAGCAGCUGAAACGUCAGCAAAUGCCACCGUUUUAACGAUAACGGCUUUUACCAUAGAAAGGUAUAUUGCAAUAUGUUAUCCUUUUUUCUCACACACGGCCACAAAGCUCAGACGUGCCAUACGAUAUGUCAUUUUGAUAUGGAUGUUGUCAUUUUUUUUCGCCAUUGUUCAGGCAAUGCAACUAGGAUUGCUUUAUGGCCACGAUGAUAAUGGUUCAGUUGUAGAAGAACUUUCGAUUUGUGGAGUAAAGAACAAUUUCAUUCCACAUUCUUUCGAAAUUUCAAUGCUGUUGUUCUUUGUCAUGCCGAUGACUAUCAUCACUGUUUUGUAUGUUUUGAUCGGCAUGAAAUUGUAUAAACCGAAUAUUACGGCUUCGGAUAAACGUAAACCAAUUUUAAUCUCGACAACAAAUGGAGAAAUCAACCAUCAAUUGGUAGUCCAUCCAGAUUCCUCAUCAUAUGUCACACACAGCAAAUCGACGAAAAGAGUGGUGAAAAUGUUAGUGGCUGUCGUGGUAGCGUUUUUCAUAUGCUGGGCUCCAUUCCAAAUACAAAGAUUAUUAGCUAUAUACGGAUAUACGGGGAGUAGCACUAGUAAUACGAUGUACUUGAUAUACGAAGUGGUAACUUACAUCUCCGGAAUUUUGUAUUACUUUUCCACCGUAAUAAAUCCCAUUUUAUAUAACAUAAUGUCAAAUAAGUUUCGCAGAGCUUUUCACGAUACUUUAACGUCGUGUUUCCAAAGUACACCAAUGAAUAAGCGACGAAAUUCCGGCGAAAUUGGAAGUAGCGGUAUUCAAAGGCUGCAUUUCGAAACAACCAAACACAAUAAUUCGUUAUGUUCGAAGAACAGCAGCUGCGUAACAAAUAAUGGCGUUGAAAUGUUAGCAGACUUCAGCCAAAGGCCAAUCGUAUUUAGUUUUCGUAAGUUCGCAAAUCAAAAUUCUACUGUAGGAAUGUACCAAUGUAAUAUGAAUUUUUGCAAAAGUAUGAUGCAAAUAGAAGAACAAUUCGCCCUUGAUAAAAAUCCACAUUCGGAAAGUUUACCUGGUAUGUUAAUGCCGAAAGAAAACACUAGCGGGAUAAUUUUAUACCCACCUUGUAGAUGUUCGUUGAUGCAAAAACGUUGCGCCGUUUAUCAGACAAAUGGUACUUUUUAUUCGGAAUAAAAUGAAUAUAAUAGGAUAAGAAAAAAAGUAAAGGGUUAAUUUUCUUUUCAACAUAACAGGUGUCUAAAUAUAUAUGUACGUUUACUGUACUUUUACUGGAUAUGGGAAUGCAUAUUCCGAAUUGAAAAAUUGGAUAGGGUAGUUGAAGUUUUGGUGGACUUGAAAAUUGAAAUUUUACAAUUUGUGUAAGAGUAGAUACCUACUUUCCAAAUUUUUCUACAACGAAGAAUAUUUACGUAGGAACCAUUGGUAGUUGUUCUUCAGUAUACUGACUUUUUUUCAAAAUUAAGCUGAAAAUAGCAUACACGUUGCGUCGAGAUCUCAAAGCAGUUUGGUGAAAAUUCUACUUCUCCCUGGACCCUGAUCUAUACCACAGUAAUUUUUUUGAAAAUCUGACCAACGAAUAAUUGUUUUCUCUUUUUUGAUCAAAAAAUUUAAGAAGCAUAAAAAUGACAUUUUGAAAAUUACUUUUGGGAAAAAAUAUUCUUAUCUCCGUAAAAAUAAUUUUAAAAAUUGAAAAUGGUUCUAUAUUCAAAAAAAUAUUUAAUUGAACAUUUUUGAACAUAAGUCAGAUUUUAAGUCGAGAGGAAAGGAAAGAGGGAGCAAUUUUUUUGUGGUCUGAAAUUCUGAACAACAUCUUCUGUCUGUUUUCUACGGUACCCACAUUUUUUUGUUGUCUUUCAAAUUCUACGCCAUGUAAUGAAAAUAUGUGUUUUAGGUAUACUAUGCGUGUUUCCUAUUUUAUGUGCCUAUAGUUUUUUUUUUUCGAAUGAUGAAGCAAUUGAUACGUACCUCUACCUACCCAUACUUUUAUAAUACGUUCGUAGUGUAAAUAUGUACCUAUUGAAUGAAUAGCUUUAAGUCAUUGAAUAAUUGGACUCAAAAAGAAAUAAGUUGUGAUAAUUAUUAUUGUGAAGAAUUUUUUCAUUCUUUGUUUUAUAAUGGGAUAGUGUAUGUAUCUACGUAAAGUUCGUACUGAGUAUUUUGAAACUUGGACAAUGUAGAGAAAAAUUUGAUGUAGGCUGUUAUCAUACACAACCAAAUUAAUGUAUUAUUAUUAUUUAAAUUUUAGAAGAAAAAAAAAUUAUAUAAUUAUGCCGAAUAUACCCAUGUCCGAUUAAAUUAGGCCUAAGCAAUGUGUGUUGCAUGUGCUCUAAGAAGUGAUUGAUUUUCACUUUUUUUUUAGAAUUCUUGUGUAAGGAUGUCUAAUAGAUUUCUUCAACAAUAAAAUCAAAAGCAUACUCCUCCAAGUUGAUAUUUACUCAAAGUUAAUUGUUUUAAAUAAGUGUUCAAAAGACAAAAUAACUGAAAAAUUCACCGAAAAUCGAAAAAAAAUUGACUUCUAGGUAGUUAAACUUUUGGAUCUGAGGUGUACAUCAUGAUAAUACAUUAGAAGUAAAUUCAACUCAAGGUGGAAAUGUAUUUCAGUUUUUCACUGUGCUUUUUUAACAUUUGAAUAAUACUUAUGGUAAUUUUAAGACCAUAUUUUGCGCACAGUUUUUAAAAUAUAAGGAAAAACUAAUCGCUCUUAAGUACAUACCUAUACUUAUGCGUUUUAAUAAUAUGUAUCUAUGUUUUUAUUGUUUUUGUGAUCAUCUGUAAAAAUCUACAACCGCCCCUUCUUCCCAUGUAUCUAAUACAAUAAGAUACCCAGAAACUUACUUCAGGUUUGACCUACCUUGACGAUGUACGUUUAUGUUUUCCUAUGCAUUGUGAUAAUAAAAAUAUAUUUGUCAUUGUAUUUGUUUGAAAAAUUAUUGUUUUUGUAAAUUUACGUAAUAAAUUUUUUUUGUAACUACGUA